UUAUGACGUAUGCUAAUCUCGGCGCAGCCAUCAUCACCACCGGCAUAAACCCGAGGAAGAGGCGGCCGCUCUCGGCCAGAAUCGACCUCAAUCGUCGAUGAACUUUUUCCAUCGCACUGCGACCCCCGCGGAUGGGCCAGCUACCGCGGCGGCAGCGACGCUUGCUCAUCAUCAUCACCACCACCCGCACCACCAUCACCACCAUCAUCACGCUCCCCGACCAGCCGGAUCCGCUGCCCCCGCUUCUGUCACUCCCAUUCGGGAACCUCGCACCGUGGUAACGAUCGAGCCUCUUCUGACAAGCGUCGCCCAUCUUCCUCGUCACCACCUGGGCUCUACCCUGUACGCUCCUCAGAUCGGGGUACCAACCGAAAAGGCUACCCUCGAGAGUGCCAAAUUUGGGUACACCACCACACCUGUUCCUCUGCCCCGCUUCGAAGGCAAUGAGAAUUGCACGUUCACCAUCCGCGUCCCCCGCUUCCGAAUCGAUAACGGCCGUCGCGAGGAGAUCUGUGCUCGCCGUGCGCUUUGGGGAACCGGCAUUUAUACCGACGAUUCCGACCCCGUGGCGGCAGCCAUUCAUUCUGGCUUCAUUCGUGGCGCCUGGAGCGAGGAGGUAGAUGUGGACCUGCUUGACCUGGAGAUCCGCGACACCUAUCAACACGCGCCCCAGACCGCGCAAGACAUCGGCCUCGACGAGGGCGAGCGACCCCGCGUGCCCCCCGUUCCCCCCUCCGACAAAGACCUGCACAUCACCAUUCUCAUCCUCCCGCGUCUGGAACGCUACGAAUCCAGCGUGCUGUUCGGCCUCCGGUCCCGUGCCUGGGAAGGCAGCCACGACGGCAUGAGCUACAAGAUCCUGCGGACGGAAUGGGUCGACGAGGGCGUCGGCCGCGGCGAAGAACGGAGCGGCGCCGCCCGCCGCAAGCGCCUGCGUACUCUGAUGCAGACGGGCCGGAUCUGCACAGGUCCCGGGGUGGUCAGACUGGAUCAGCUGCGCAAUGGCAUCCAGGUGCCGCGCCGCAAGAAGAUCGAACCGAGUCGAGAACAGCCGUCGCCCAUGCAGACUGUCUCGUGAGCGGAUUUCAGUUAAUUUCAAUUGUGAUCUAGUUAUUUGAAGCUCUUCUACUCAUUCGUCUGGAAGUGUUCGGCUUUUGCCACUGUCUAUCUGUCUUUGUACG